AUGGCAACCCGCUCCCGGAGCACCGCUCGUCCCCAAUCCCCUCUUGAUCAAGGAGAGUUGGGACCCACUCUUCAGGCAACCGCCGAUGAGUCAGGGAGCCUCGAACCAGAGGUCUACGGGGAAAUAUCCCUCAGCCGCGCAAUCUCCCUCAUUCUGGGAUUGCAAAACCAAGUCAUCAGGCUCGAGCGGGAACUCGAGGAAGUCAAGGAAAUCAACAAGGAAGCCCGAGACUGGAUGGGAGCAGUCGACCAAGCCCUCACUUGCAUCGAGGCUAGGGGUGAAACCCCACACACACCAGAAGACCGGAAACCUCCGGCAGUCGAGGCCACGCCCAGGCCCUUACCCAAAGCCGACCCUCUUCCAGCGCCUAGCGCGCCCCUUGUUGCCUGGGCUAACCCCACAAAAGCUCCCCCCAUCUUUGCCCAACCAAUGCCCGUCCGAGCUCCCCCGCGAGUCCAGACUCCCCCUGCACCUACGCCUAUCCGGCUCCAAUCCCCCCAAGUCCCACAACCAGUGGCCCCUGUAGCCACUUAUCAAGCCCCGGUCAAGGUGGACCACCCUGACGCCUAUACGGGGAAGAUAGGGAACAAAGCCUGCCAAUGGCUUACACGGAUGCUGGCAUGGGUACGUCUGAAUCAACGGAUGUUCCCCACGGAUCAGGAGGUUCUGUUGUUCCUCCUAAUGAACAUGAAGGACGUAGCAGGAGCCUGGGCUCACCCCCACCUCAACCAACUAGGGUCCCACAGGGCCCUCAUCCAAACGGUUGACAAGUUCAGGACGGAGUUUUUAGCUGCAUUUGGGAACCCGGAUGCCACGCGAGCCGCCGAGCGGCAAAUCACACAACUUACUCAGACAGGAACCUGUGCUGAGUACAUUACAAAGUUUAGGACCAUCGCCAUGGACCUAGACUGGAACGACGCCGCCCUUCGUGGGCAAUUCGCACGUGGCCUCCACUGGGAGAACGCAGCCCUGGUCAUUGACAACGCCCUCCGCAAGGAGCGUGCCAGCCACCCGCCUAAGGGUAGGCGCUUAUCCAGCGAUCCCAAUUUUGUCCCCGAGGAGGAGCAAAACCGCCGCCGGGCCAAAGGCCUAUGCAUCAAAUGCGGCAAGUCGGGACACAAGUUUGCGGAAUGCCGCACUGGCUGGAAGGCCACACCUAAGGAGGAAAGUGUCAAGAAGGAAGCCGCCAAGGUUGGCAAAGAAUCUGGACCCGAAUCGGGAAAAGAUUAA